AUGGGGUUAACGUACGUCCCUCCCAGUACACCUUUCCAGCUCCUAAGUACCUGCCUGCAGCUGGGAAGCUGGCUCGUCUUCGAGCCUUGGAUGGCUGUCGGGGAAUGGCAGUCUAUGGGAGGGGAGUACUGUGAUGACUGCUCGACCUGUCUAGGCUCGGAGUGGAGCCUCGCCAACUAUCUCGGGCAGGAGAAGACGAACGCCGUGUUCAAGGAGCACUGGUACACCUGGUUGACCCAAACGGAAGUGGACGACAUUGUCCGCUUUAAGCUGAACACUGUGCGCAUCCCGCUCGGGUUCUGGAUCGUAGAGGGUAUAGUCGACCGAUCACUCGAGCCUUACGCACAGGGGGGACUGCAACAGCUGGCAAGUCGCUUCUCAAUGCUCAAAGCUGCGAACAUCGCCGUGGUUCUUGAUCAUCAUGCGCUUCCUGGGGUCGCCACGCCUCUCCAGAUGUUCGCUGGCAAUUGUACCACCAUUGUCGAAUUCUAUACGGAUUAUAAUUACCAACGCGGGGUCACCUGGACGGCAGUGAUGACCUAUCUCUCGCAUGUCCAUCCUGCGUUUUCCACCGUCUUCGCGAUCGAAGCUGUCAACGAGCCGAUCAUGGAUUACACCCAGACGCCGGACUAUAGCCGCUACCAAGUCAACUUCGUCAUGGCCGUUCGUGCGGUAGAAGCCGCACUCGGGAUCCUGGGGCUGGAGGCCCCCUUGCUCAGCUCACUCCUCCCUUCCCCGCAGGGCUACGGAAGUCUCUCACACUUGCUGAAUGAGCAUGGCGCGGAGUGCUUGGUGACUAACUUCAUGAACCGGGAUUGGCAGUACUCGAAUGACCCUUCGGACCCGGUGGCCAACCCUGCUGAUGCCGCAAAAGGGCCGGCGACGUAUGACAACCAUCUGUAUUUCUCUUAUGGCGGCGUAGCGGAUCCCAAUGCCGAGUCAUACCUUCAAACCAUCUGCAACAUGAACCGUACCCUCCAAUCGGCAGCCAUCGGCGACGCCCCAAUGUGGUUCGGCGAAUGGUCCCUCGCCGUAAACUUCAACACGACAAACAGCUUCCUCCAACAGUGGUCCGACUCGCAAAAGUUCAUCUACAGCCAAUCCGCAGGAUGGAUAUUCUGGGCACUGAAGAUCGCCAACGACGCUACUGCCCCGCCUACCCAGUGGAGCUAUAUCGAUGCUGUUAAUGCGGGAAUCAUGAACCCGGACCCGGCGGCGCUGUUUAAUUCUAGCAUCUGUGAUCCAUACAUCAACUCCUAG